AUGAAGCUCCUCUACCCCACAUCUCUCAAGCUCGACAUUAGGAGUCUCGAGGGCUUCUCUACGUCUCUACACCCUUACGACGUCAAAGCCCCAAUCCCAGACGACCUUACCGACGCCGAGAUCCUCAUUACCUGGACCAACAGCGCCGAGAACCUAUCCGACGCCGCACGUCGCUUGAAGAACCUGCGCUGGAUCCAAUCCCUCGCUGCGGGCCCUAACGAUGUUCUAGCUGCUGGAUUUCCCUCAAGCGUCCUCGUGACAACAGGCUCUGGCCUGCACGACCGCACCGUCGCCGAACAUACCCUGGGUCUACUCCUCACAGCCGCCCGCCGCUUCGACCAGAUGCGCGAGUACCAACUUCGGCGCGAGUGGCCGCAACACCUCGGCGGCGCGCAGCCCGACCGCCCCAAGGACCGCUUCACCACCCUGCGCGACGCAAACAUCCUCAUCUGGGGCUACGGCAACAUCGCCAAGACGCUGGCCCCGCACCUGACGGCCUGGGGCGCGACCGUCCGCGGCAUAGCUAGGUCAGCCGGCGUCCGGGACGGCGUCGAGGUGUACGCGGAGGACAAGCUGCCGCAGCUCCUGCCGCAGACGGACGCGCUCGUCAUGAUCCUGCCCGGCGCGGAGAGCACCCGCGACGUGUUGAAUAGAGAGCGGCUGGCGCUGCUGCCGGCGCACGCGUGGGUGGUCAACGUGGGGCGGGGCACGAGCGUCGACGAGGAGGCGCUGGCGGAGGCGCUGGAGCAGGGUAGGGUUGGAGGCGCGGCGCUGGACGUGUUUAAGACGGAGCCGCUGCCGAGGGAGUCGAGGCUCUGGGGCGCGCCGAAUCUGCUGGUUAGUCCGCAUGCGGCGGGGGGCAGGCCGCAGGACGCGGAGCAGCUUGUUGCGUAUAAUCUUAGGAGGUUUUUGGCGGGGCAGGAGUUGAGGAAUUUGGUGUAG